CCCCUGGGAUGUGCCACACACCUUCAAAACCCUCGUCUACAGCAGAGGCCAAAAGAGGCUACUCAGGAUCUCAACGCAGCAAGAAAGAGUCUCAUCCAGCCGAGAAGACAGGAACUCUGGUACCCAGCAAAAAUGUCUGACAAAACCCCCUUCGAAACGGAUAUGCUGACGCUCACGCGAUUCGUUAUGGAGAAGGGCCGCCGCGUUAAAGGAGCGACAGGGGAGCUGACACAGCUGCUCAACUCCAUGCUGACUGCCAUAAAGGCCAUUUCCUCCGCAGUCAGAAAGGCAGGCCUUGCCCACAUGUUUGGUAUAGCUGGCACCGUGAACGUGACCGGUGACGAAGUGAAGAAGUUGGACGUAUUAUCCAACUCCCUGGUGAUUAAUAUGCUUCAGUCCUCCUACAGCACCUGCGUCCUGGUCACGGAGGAGAACAAGGAGGCCAUCAUCAUCCCCAAGGAGAAGCGGGGUAAAUAUGUGGUGUGCUUUGACCCCCUUGAUGGCUCAUCCAAUAUAGACUGCUUGGCACCAAUAGGAACAAUAUUUGCUAUCUACAAAAAGGAAACAGAUGACGAGCCCUCUGAAAAAGAUGCUUUGCAGCCCGGACGCAAUAUUGUUGCUGCAGGCUAUGCCUUGUACGGCAGCGCUACACUGGUUGCCCUCUCCACAGGGCAAGGAGUGGACUGCUUCAUGCUCGAUCCGGGUCUUGGUGAAUUUAUUUUGGUGGACAGAGAUGUUAAAAUCAAGAAGAAAGGGAAGAUAUACAGUCUCAAUGAAGGUUAUGCAAAGUAUUUUGAUCCUGCAAUGACAGAAUAUUUACAAAAGAAGAAAUUCCCUGAGGAUGGCAGUUCCCCAUAUGGUGCCAGAUACGUGGGCUCCAUGGUAGCUGAUGUUCACCGUACAUUGAUGUACGGUGGGAUCUUCAUGUAUCCUGCUAAUCAGAAGAGUCCUAAAGGAAAGCUCCGACUUCUCUACGAGUGCAACCCUAUGGCUUUCAUCAUCGAGCAGGCAGGUGGGGUGGCGACUACAGGGACGGAGGCGGUGUUGGAUGUGAAACCUGAGAGUAUUCACCAGAGAGUCCCUCUUAUCCUUGGUUCUCCAGACGACGUGCAAGAAUACCUCGCUUGUGUACAGAAACACCAGAAGAGCAGCUAAAGGCUUUUCUGCAUCAGACCUUGCUUAUCUGUCUUCUGUCUACAUGAAAA